UACUCAGCUUCCCUUUUCCACAUUAAGUGACAAAUCUAAAAAGAAAAGCUAGCAACUUUUUUUCAUCUCCAAAACAACAAAUCAGAGACUGCAAGUAAAAAGAAAAUGAGAUCGUUGAGCGUUCAAUCGAGAUUGGAAGAUGUGUCGAUGCACGCCACGUCAGCAUCGUCGCAGGUCUCCGUGAAUCACAGAGUGGCGCCGCAAUCGCCGUGGCACUCGCCGGUUCCUUACCUCUUUGGUGGUUUAGCGGCGAUGCUUGGACUCAUCGCUUUUGCUCUUCUGAUUCUCGCCUGUUCUUACUGGCGUCUGUCUCCCUCCGGCGAAGAAGAUGGUCGGAACGGUGGAGGAGUCGACGAAGAGAAAGAGAGUCGGUCUGGGGACAAGGUGGCGAACGGAGCAUACGAGGAUAAUUUUUUGGUCAUAAUGGCCGGAGAAGACUUGCCGAGGUUUCUUGCGACGCCGGCGAUGAAAAAGUGUACGUGCGGUGGUCAAGAGGGUAAAAUGGUAAUCUCUCAGGAGGAUAGUGUUGGGGAAGAGGAGGAGAAGGUGAGGGACGGUGAAGAGAAAGUGAAAGAUACCGGAGAACCAACAACAAGUCACUGAGCCUUUUUUUUUUCUUAAUUUAUGUCUUUUCUUUUUUCUUUUCUUUUUUGAGAGUUCUCUGGAGAAUCCUUCUAAUGAUUCCCAGGAAUGUAAAUUUUACUAGAGAGCAAAAUUUUGAGAUUUACUUGUUCUGUUCUGUAAUGUUUCUUUUUUUUCUUUUUUUUUUUAGCUAUGUACCAAUUUUAUAACUUCGAGGAAAUAUUUGAUCACUUCACCAA